AGCCAGGCCAGCCGAGGCCGAGGGACGGAGCGGAGCGAUUCGCAGUGCUGUGAUUUCAAAAUGUUUAUCUUGGACGGGCGGUGGCGGACCGCGGCGCGCCUUGCGCGGUGCAGCGGGAAUGACAUGACAUGACAUGUGUGUUAAAGGCCACCUUGUUGAUCGCGGCACCGGGGCACCACACCGCGGUCCGGGUGUUGUUGUCCCGCGUCGCCCGUCCCCUGCCUCUGCCAGCGGAUACAUUCCUUGUUUGGUUUUGAGGUUAUGUCGGCUGCUGGCUUGGUUUCCCAUCACUCAGUGUGGCUCGCAAGCCCUCUUUCAUCAGGAACUAGACGGUUGCUAUUAAAAUAAUAGACAAAACCAAAUUAGAUGAAGAAAAUCGUAAGAAAAUAUCUAGAGAAAUUCAAAUUAUGACAAAACUACGGCAUCCCCACAUCAUAAGACUGUAUCAGGUUAUGGAGACUGAAAAAAUGAUAUAUCUUGUAACUGAAUAUGCACGAGGGGGCGAAAUAUUCGAUUAUCUAGUGGGGCAGGGUAAAAUGGAUGAAACUGAGGCAAGGAGAAUAUUCCAUCAAAUUGUAGAAGCUGUCAAUUAUUGUCAUUCUCACAAUGUAGUUCAUAGAGAUUUAAAAGCAGAAAACCUUCUUUUAGAUUCCAAAAUGGACAUAAAACUAGCAGACUUUGGUUUUAGUAACCAUUUCAUAGAAGGACAACUAAUGUCUACAUGGUGUGGGAGUCCUCCAUAUGCUGCCCCGGAACUUUUUGAAGGGCGAGAGUAUGACGGGCCCAAAGCUGAUAUUUGGAGCCUUGGUGUCGUGCUGUAUGUGUUAGUUUGUGGUACUCUUCCUUUCGAUGGUCACACGUUGCAAGCCCUAAGAGAAACUGUCAUUUCGGGAAUGUUUAGGAUACCAUUCUUCAUGAGUAUGGAUUGUGAAAAUCUUAUACGAAAUAUGUUGGUGUUGGAACCUGAAAGAAGAUACAGCAUAAGACAAAUACUUAGACAUAAAUGGAUGACAGAGGGUCAUCCUCCCAGUGUGCCUCCUUGUGAGCCCAUUGUAGAUCUAGAUCCCGAACCCGAACCACUUAACAAACUUGUGAUGGAGCACAUGCUGCAACUACCAGGCUUAACAAGUGAAAUGAUACUUCAGUCUAUCCAAGAAAGGAGGUUUGAUCAUAUUAGUGCAAUUUACCACCUUCUUGUGGAUAAAUUGGAACAACGAUCUCAGGGUGGAGUAUCAAGACCAGUAGGCCUAAUGCAGCGCAAAGCUAGCAUUACAACAGGAAUUGUUGAUCGUAGCCCAUUGAGCGAGUUUGAGCCAUUUGCACCAACAAACUCCCCUCUAAUGUCUAUGCCCAUAAACCCCGAUGAAUGUACCUUCUCAAACUCUCAAUUAGUGGAAACGUUUGGUGAUACAGACAGUCUACCUGAGGCGGACCAAGACCAAGAACAUCACCUCCCCUAUCUUCAAAAUUCGCUUCGCAGGGGAAGUGGUGGAAGUUCAAGCAGCGGAGACAAGUAUCACGCCACUCGAAGACACACUGUGGGGCCAGGUGACACGGCCCAUGAGCAAGUCCUGGAUGCCCAUUACAUAUUGCCAUGUUAUAGAAUGGAGGGUCUUCAGACAGGAAGACCUCCAUUCAGCAUUUUGCCCAACACAAACCUGCCUUUAAAUUUACCUUUAGUCAAAAACCAGCCUCCUCAAAACUUCACUUUUAAGGAUCAGCAUUUGUUAAAACCACCUCCUGUAAUGGGUGCAAUGGGAGGAUUUGGCCGAAGAGCUUCUGAUGGCGGUGCAAAUCUUCAAAUGUUUUUUGAAGGCUGGAGUCAGCCUGGAAGCCAAGAGCAAAUCCAACUUGUGCCAUCAGAAUGCAGUCCUCCCCAUUCACAGGGUUCACAACCACUCACAGCAUCCAUACCUACCAUCAGUGGUUCAGGUGAACUGACUUUGGCCGGAGUUCCAGGAGUUCUUGCUGGGCUUGUGCAACUGCCUGAUGCAGCAUCAAUGGAAGAACUGCCACAUGACAGUGCUGUUUUAAAGUAUAUGCAAACUAGAGGUUCCACAAAAAGACACACUAUGGCAAGUCCAGAGGAGGCUCAGGAGGCCCAGCGAAAGAUGGUUCAACAGCAACAGCAGCUGCAACAGCAGCACUUAAUGCAUCAUCCUGUUCAACAGCAACUAUCAUCAUCCCAAGCGCCCAUGAGAACAAGAAGAACGGGUCUUCAUGCUGUGACAAUGGAUAGGCCAGUUAUUAGUCCGGAGCUGAUAAUGGAGGUGGAAGCGCGUAUGAAGCGCGCUCAUGUUCCUCCAGCCAUAGUCAAAUCAACUACAGCUCUUGUGCCCAACCGAGCAAAAGCAUUUCAUCAUGCUCGGGCUAAAAAGGCUCCCUCUGGCUUAGCCACGGUGCAAGAAGGCAGCAGAAUAGGGAGGGAUACCUUAAAAGAGGUCACAUCGCUGCAUCCACCUCAGGAAAGAUAUAGCCCUGUGCGGAGAGCUAGUGAGGGUUCGGCAGGAACUUUAAGCAGCUUGUCCUACCAUCGCACUUGCUCUCCAGGAGACAGUGCCGAAUCAAACCUGCGCUCUCUCCAACAGGAAUAUCAUCAGCUCCAGCAAAAACACAGCGCUGAUGCAGGGGAUGCACACACUCAAGCAGAACUGCAAAAGCUGCACUCUUAUCAUAUGCAGCAGAGAUUUUCGAGCCCCUUAAGCAGCCCAUCACCCAGCCCACCAGUACUUCCCUUAAGCCCUGCUGGGUCACCCAGUCAUUUCCGCCUUUCCCGUUCAGACAGCAAUAACUCAACAUUAACCCAGCACCUUCAGCGACUGCAUCUGCAGCAGCAGCAAGCUCAACAGAAUCAAACAUCGCCACAGCAUGUCCAGUCCAGCCAGUCUUGUCCGCCGGACUCGCCGCCAUCUUCUCUUCAACAGUCAUCAGCCUCCUGUGGUCCCAUCAUCUCCCCAGCCUCGUCGUCAGCCAGUCUCACAUCAAUCACACAAGGUUUAAGUGGUCUUUCCACUGCUUCUGGUUCUAUCACCCAAGGCACUUCAUCUCCAACAUCUGUUCACCUAGAUUUGAGAGUGUCUCCGACUCUCUCACCUUUACAUCAUGGUGUUUCCCCAUCAGCAUCACCAAGUUUGAGUAUGAUCCGAGAAGAGAUUAAUGCUCCAGUGCACCAUGGUGAAAGUGAUGAUGGCCUUGGACUGACUGAUGCUUGCAGCAGGGCUUGGGGACGUCGUCAAAAUAGCAAUUACUUCCACCCCCAAAUUUCUGUCACAGAUGAAAAGGGUGGGCAAGUGACUCUUAUAACAUCCGUAUCUUCUUGUGAAUCAGUGUCGUCAGUUGACUGUAUGGACCCUGACACACCAGAGGUUGAAAUGGCUGAGUUGGAUAAUGAAGAUGAAAUUGACUUCCAGAGGCAAACUACUUAUGCUGAGCAAGGGCAUAGUUUCCAACCAAGUCAAUUUGAUAUGAUGUAUGAUUCUGAAGACAUACCAUCUAAUCCAUUCACUCCAAUUGCUCCCAUGCUGCCGUCUUUUAUUGUAUCUCCUUGUGACCCUUCAAGGCCCUCUAUUGUUAGGGGCAUUGGCAAAGGACAAUGCUCAAACGAUAACAAUGAGGAGUCAAAAGACACAAAGGAAAACCUGUCGGCUAAUGUAGAGGAGUCACGAAACAACCAUAGCUACAGUUUUAAGCAGGGUCCUCUUGGCUCUAGGGAUGAAAGAAGAGAAUCAUUUACUCUGCCAAAAAAUGCGUCUUUGAGAAGUACAUUCCCGCCUCCCAGUAGUGGUAUAUGCAAUGAUGAUAGUCCUUUCAUGUUGAAUUUCAAUAAUGUGCUCAAUAACACUUUAGAGAAUGGUCGAACCUCUUCACACCAUGCCCCAUAUAGAAAUGUAUUUGCUUCAGAUUUGAUGCAGAUUACUGCAAGUGGCUCAUUCCAGGUGACACUUUCAAAUUCUUGUGCACAGUUAGCAACAUCUGAUGUUCUAGGAAUUGUGAAGGAUUUGAUUGAAAGAGGCAAACCACGAGAUUUUGUAGUUGGAGGCUGUGGGGAUAAUGGCCUUGCCUUGGAGUAUCCUAGUGGUGUACAAAUUGAACUCAGGGUCUGUAAGGGAGAACUCAAAAUGAGACGUAUUUCAGGAGACCACCAUCAGUAUAGUGAAUUGUGCCGUGAGCUUAUCUCAUGUAUGACAGUUUAGCUUUAUUACUAGAUUUAGAAAAAAAUUGUUGAAAAAGAUUCACCUUUAGUACUUUUAAUGUAUUUUGAGUGUGUAUAAUGUCCAUGUGUUGAUAAAGGCAUAGCCAUUAUGUCAUCUGUGAUUAUCAUGGGGAGUUCCAGGAGUAGUUCUUUUUGUUUCUAAUUGAUGUGUACAUCUGCACCUUUUAAUGUCCCUUUUUUUUUUUUUUUUUUUUUUUUUUUUAAGAUCUGCUCAACUUAUUCUUUGCAUCCUAAGACUUACUGCUACUUUUUUAUUCAGUGCAAGUGUUGCUUCAAACGGCAAUCUAUUGCCUCAUACCCAUGUUUCAAAUCACUUCUAAGCGCCAUGCAUACGCCAACCACUUAAAGUGUUCCCUUCUGGUAUUUUUCCUUACCUAUGACGUCUUUCACUUUAUCCAUUGUAAUAAUGGUCAUUUUACCACUUUUCUUCUUAAUAUUUAGUUUCAACUAGUCUUGUCUAGUACUAAACAGGGUGCCAUAUAGUUGAGUAGACUUAAGUGAGCAAAACUGAUCUUCAAAUUCCAUCUUUUGUUUUGUUUCUCUUAACUUUGUGUUUAGAUCCUACAAUUUACCAUGCGUGUUUAUUCCUUCUUUGUAGCAAAGUGACUGCCAUUUCGCAUAAACUUCCUCAAUUCUGUGUCAAUACUGUUACUUGAAACCUUUCUUCACAUUGAAGAAAGAGCUUGUAUGCAGGCUUCUACUUUACAAAGCGAUGGGUUACAUUUCUGGAACAUCAUUGCUUCUGAUUCUAAAUAUCAGCUUAUAGAUUAUUACUUUCAAUCAUUAUCCAGCACCCUGGUAUGAAGAAUUAGUGUUGUGGUCUUCCAUUUUUGGCCCAAAGAUUUCUCCACAAAAAUUUCUUCUUCUUUUAACUAUUUAAUAUGAAGAACUCUUCUUCAUACGUUUAUCUGUGAUUCUUCCUACAAGUGAGGAACUGUGUUCUAUUUGUGCAGUGUGUGAGUGUCAAUGUGAAAAAAAAGUUAAUGUUAAGACUUGUAAGGGAAGUGUGUGUGCAUUGUUACAAAAAUUUUAUCUAACGAGGUUACUGCAAAAAUGUACAUAUAUAGUGCUUUUUUAAAAUCAAUAUUAUUACAUUUGUCAAGACAUACAGUGUGUCCUCUUUCCCUUCUUUUGGCUGACUUUUUAAAACUUUACAGAUAUGAAAGUGUAAAUUUUGCAAAUGGAAACUUCAUGUUACAGACUUUUUAAUAAUAUUUUUGUUAUUUUCGGUACUCUUUGCCCAUUGUAAAAUAUCAGUUAGGUCAUGUCCUGUCAGUAAUGUAAAAGUUCUAACUUGGUUUGCUUUUGUUUUAUCCUCUCAAGUGGCUAGUGGGCCAAGGCUAUCCUUGUUGGUCAUUUUCAAUUUUUGACGGGGGAAAAUGUGCUGAAGUUAAUCUGCUAUGUGGUCAUCUGCACCUUAUGACGUCUAUAGAUUAUUGCUGGAAUAUUAAACUUUUAAUGUUAUUCUUCAUCAAGAUCUUAACUUUUGUAUCUUAUUAUUUAAAAAUGCUUGCAUGGCUAUUGUGCCUGCCUUAUGUCAUUUUGUGAGUACUGAUGAAUCUGUCACAUUUUGUGUUGUUCGAAUGGUUGCAAACAUGCCACACCUGUCAAUUUUUCCCUUUUUAUCUUUUUUUAAGAAUCUUUCUUUUUCCAAGAUGGGCAGUUUUCAGUUUUUGGAAGGUCAUUGUUGGUGUCUUGUUGUUAUUCUAGACGUAUUUUGAAUAUUUUUUAUAAUCUUGUGUUUAUGUGUGUUAAUAGAAAGGCAAUAGUUCAUCUAUCCCUUUCGUUCCCUCUGUGAUAUGUAGUGAUAAAUUAGCACAAGUCUGUAAGAGAGCACCCUGAAAUUGUUUGCUGCAAAGUCUAGAUUUCUCUAGCAUCUCCUUUUCAUCAAUUAUAUUUGUAUUUUCUCAUGUGUUCAUUGACUCACUUCCACUUUCACCAAAGUCAAAUCCUGUCUAUUAUUUCUUGCCAAUAACAAUCUUUGCAAAUUUUUUUACCCAAAUACCAUAAAUUUCUAUGGUCCUGGGGAAAAUGAUUGUCUUUUAUUUUUGUCAGGAUCCCUUUUCAUCACAUUUAAAUGCUUUCUUGAUGUUAUUGAUGUUGUAUCGGUGAGUCACCUAUACUUUGUCCCUCCCAUUUUUCACCCUAUAGUAAGCUGUGAAAAUGCAGGGUAUAAUUAAAAUGUCCUCUUUAAUUCUUUCGUUACAACUUUGUGAUAGUGUAUAAAUUUGAUAGAUUCAAAUAAUAUUAAUGACCAAUUUAUUUCCUAUGUUGUAUUGUUAUCAUUCCAGAUUCGUUAUUGUUAUUAUUUCUUUCAAUCUUACUGGAUUCGCUAAUGACUGUAUCCCUUUUUUUUUUUUUUGUCUAACCUUUCUAUCAUUUUCUUGGACAAAGUUAGUCAUGGUGUAGCAUCUCCCUUGUAACAGCACAAAUACUAUUUUGUAGAGUACUUAAAGCAAGAUUGUCUGUUACAAAUGUGCUGAGUGUAAAUAAGUUUUUAAGUAAUGUUGAGUAAUUAAUAAAGACUGUUGAAUUUUCAAAACUGAGA